AUUGUCUUUCCAUAUAUCUAUUCCAGGGUUUAAAAUUGCAUCAAUGGCGCUCCUGACCCCUAAUUAAAGCCCCAUAUUUGUUGCCAUGGAAUCUGGUAGCAGCAAUAAUGGUGCCGCUGCCGCAGCAGACGGUGGUGGUGGUGGUCUGCUUUCUAACUCCCCUGCUCCGAUGCCGACUGUGAAUGCUCCUCCACCGUUCUUAGUGAAGACAUACGAUAUGGUGGAUGAUCCUUCUACAGAUAUGAUUGUUUCUUGGAGUGCUACUAAUAACAGCUUCAUCGUGCGGGAUCCUCCCGAAUUUGCUAGAGACCUCUUGCCAAAAUAUUUUAAACACAACAACUUCUCCAGCUUCGUUCGGCAGCUUAACACUUACGGAUUUAGGAAAGUAGAUCCUGAUCGCUGGGAAUUUGCAAAUGAGGGAUUCUUGCGAGGUCAGAAGCACCUGCUUAAAAGCAUUGUUCGCCGAAAACCAGCCUCAGGACACAAUCAACAGCUACAACAACCGCCUGGACAGAGCCCUUCAGCAGGUGCAUGUGUUGAAGUUGGAAAAUUUGGUCUGGAGGAGGAGGUCGAGAGGCUAAAAAGGGACAAAAAUGUGCUGAUGCAAGAGCUUGUCAGGCUGAGGCAGCAACAACAGUCCACCGAUAAUCAAAUGCAAUCAAUGGUGCAGCGYCUUCAGGGGAUGGAACAAAGGCAGCAACAAAUGAUGUCGUUCUUAGCCAAGGCCGUGAAUAGUCCCGGAUUUUUGGCGCAGUUUGUGCAGCAGCAAAGCGAGAGCACCAAGCUCAUAACAGAAGGGAGCAAAAAACGCAGGCUUAAACAAGAUAGAGUUGUUCCAAAUGGCCAUUCGUCAUCUAGUGAUUCUUCUGAUGGACAAAUUGUCAAAUACCAACCAAUGAUGAAUGAUUCAGCAAAAGCAAUGCUGAGGCAGAUCAUAAAACUGGAUAUCGUCUCACCGCCAUCAGAAAUUUUGAACAACAGUAGCAAUGUUCCUUCAGGAGGCCAUAAUGGCUCAGGAGUUACCAUUCAGGAGGUCCUACCACCAACCUCCGGCCAGUUCUAUUUACCGGCAGUCACAGGGGUGCAAGCCGCACCACUUGAAGCAAAUUCUGACGUGGUUACAACAAAGCAGUUUCCAGAUACAAGCUCACUAGCCGAUGGUCAAGAAUUGCCUGAUAUAUCCGUGCUGUCAAACCUGCAAGAUAUGGUGGCAGAUAGUUACAUGCAUCCCGAAACAGAGAAUGGCAAGUUCCCUUUGGAAAUUGGGAAUUUGUCUCCUGGUGGUGAUGUAGAAUGGGAUAGCAAUUUGUUGAUUGAGAUUGAGAAGUAUUUUGCCGCAAACGAUCCAUCAUGGGAGCAGUUUCUUGAGCCAAACCCAGAGGUCGAAAUGGAGUGUGGCCCGAUGGAUGAGCAUAUGAUGCAGCAGCAGCAGGAGGGGGGAAGUGUAGGGAUCUCAUCGUUGGAAAAUGGGAGUAGUCCGAAGGGUGAGGUGCAGCAACUGACACAACAAAUGGGCCAACUGUCCUCGGAGACGAAAGAAGGUUAAGUAUAUUUCAAAAUUAUGUACAAAUGUGUUUGAUGGUAAAGCUGGUUAUUAAUAGAAUAGUCUUCCAUGGCAAGCUUAUACUAGAUUGUGCAACCUAGGCCUUGUUUUGCAUUAUAUCUUUCCUAAUCAAAAGAAGAAAAGAACAGUUUUACAAGUUAAGAGAACUCUUGUUAUUCACUGCUGAAAAUAUGAAAUGGAUGAAUGGGAG